AUAAUGAUGCUAUUAUGCGUGAAAGAAUUGCUGAUUUAACGGCAACGACAGAGAAUUUACGAAAGGAUUUAAAACAAAUUAGUAGCAUUGUAAAUGACAAUUUACUUCCGGAAGUUAGAAGCUUAGCUGAAGGCUUGCACAAGCAUCAAGAACAUUUAUUAGCUUUAACACAAUUAGUUACAUGUGCUUUUCCGGAUGGUAAAAAUUAAUAUUUUUAUAUAUAUAUAUGUAUAUAUUUAUUUUUUUUUUUUUGUAAUAUUUUUUUUUAAUUUUUGUUCUCUCUCCUUCUCCCUCUCUCUCUUUUAUUUCUCUCUCUUUUUAGGUGUACAAUUGCUACAAGAUGUGACAAGAGGGUAUACAAGACAUAUGCCAUAUGAAAUACCAAAACGUAUUCGUUUAGAUGAUAAACCUACCGUUAAAACAGAACAAACAUCUUUAUCAUCAUCAGUUCCAACAGUUCCCUCUUCAAGAGUUCCAACAUCUUAUUUAUUCACGUCUAAUUCAUCUAAUCAUAAUCCUAAUAAUAAUAAUAAUUUAAUGAACGGAAAUAAUCCUUCACCAACAGAAUCGUCUCUUCAAACAUCAUCGGUUACUCCAUCAGCUCUUACAAUACCGUCUGAUUCGCAAUCCACGUAUAGUAAUAUUACAGGAUCAUCGAUAAUGGGAGAAUUUCAACAAAGUCCUCAUAAUACACAAUCGAAUAUCACAGGGUUUAAUGAAUCAUGGAAUAAUACUACAUCCGUAAUGAUUUCGGAUCCCGUCAGUACAGUUUCAAGUACAAAUAUGUCAUAUAAUAUAUUCCCAACAACGACCACCACGCAUUCACCAAUAUUAUACUCACCUUCCCCGAAUCAACAGCAUUCUCCACCGUUAUCACAUAAUUCACAAGUACCUUCUCGAUCUUCUUCAAUAGCUUUGAGUCCUGCACAUUCGAAUUCUAAUGACAUACUUAAUAAUGCACCUACUGUAACAAGUCCAACUCAAAUUAAUACAAGUGGUGCGAAUAGUCCAGUUCAUCAAGGAGAAGUUGUAGUUGCUUCUUCACCAACUUCAAAUACAUCCUCUCCAAUAUCGACCGUUCCAACUAGUUUGUCAACAUUUUAUCAUCCAAAUUCCAUCAUGCCAAUGGAUAUGUAUAGUCAUCCAUCUUUUAGUAAUUAUUAAUUUAAUCGGUUGAAUUUGACAAGGUGAUCUGUAUAUAAUGUUGGAUACGUUUAUGUGGUGUCAAAUUUAGGGUCGUUCCGACAAAAAGUGUAAUAAUAAUUGGACAUAGGCUAUAAGAAAGCGAGGGCCUUUAUCCCUCUGAAAGUAUUGACGGGUCAUAUCG